UCAAGGUGUGAAUGUGCAAUUUCAUUUUCGUACUGAAGUAUAAAAACAGUGGAGACAGUCAGAAAGCUCAUCGGAUGUUUAUGUGUGUGUGUUUUUUUCUGCGUAAACUUGAGCUUAUCCGUGUUAUAAGGAGAAUAGUUUAUUGCCGGUAACUAUUCGUAUAUCUUGUGCGUUUUAAUUGACAAUUAUUUGUUCGCCGGAUUUAUUUCAUUCACUAUACGCGAGGAUCGCAAUUUCACUGGGGAUUAACCGAAGCCAGUAGUGACUUCCGGAACAUGAAAACAUAGCACCGCAAUGGAAACGCUUACAUUCAUCAUUCUACUGGGAACCUUCAUGCAGAUUAGUCCCCUGUUCGCCAUUGACCCGUUUCUUUCGUCACCAGGCAGCAGCGUUGUUUUGGUUUUCAUUGACCUACAUGAGGGUCGCCAGGGUGACGGCGGCUGCGUGGGGGUCAACUGGGUCAACUUCGGACGAGCACACUACAUGUAUUGGAGGAGUAUGCAGGGCAAUAUCACGGGUAUCGAGAUCUACGACAGCUGCGGUUCAGAGAGGAGAGUGGCCGACAUUCUGAGACACCGUCUCCACCGGACCGCCUGUAACAGCUCCGGCAUCCCCGCGCCUGUCUCGGGCGUAGUGUCCUGCUCGAGGGCGAAUGUCGCGGCUCUGGUACCCAGUUUGCUUGGGACGCUUCACGUGCGUAUACACGACGGGGACCAAACACCGGUAUCGGAUAAUGGGCUCAUCUUGGCCGAGAUUCCGUCGCUCGAAAGCGUGCAGGUGCUUACAGAAAUUCUGCGGCGACUUAACUGGACUUACGUAUCCACUGUGACCGACGACACUUUGAUUUCUCAAGCCGAGCUGAAGACAUUUCUCAAACUGGCAGACGACAGCGGCAUCUGUAUCGGAGCGUCCUAUACCGUUAAUGACGUGAUAAAUAACAAUUUGCAUGACGUUCACACAUCUGGCGCAGUUGUUUUCUUACAAAAUAUGUUAGAACUUCACUCUUUUGGCGGACGUCUACAAAACCUGGUAAUUCUGUCACAUGAUAGAGCGAUCGAGGAUACUCAGAUAAUGGACUCCGUAGACAAAGCACUUGUACUAACCGACAACUUUCCCGAAGGUGCAAUUAACAACACCAAGUUUAUGGAUUACAUGCUCAAUUUAACCAAUAACGAAUUGCUGAUAGAAAACGACACCGAUGUGCAGUAUUUCAUCAAAAUAUUUAACUGUACCUACAAUGCGACAGAGCAGACGGCAGUUUGUUUGGAUCCAGAUGUCAUCAAAAAGCACUUGACACGCGCAGUCGGCACGGAGCGUAUGCAUGUAUUCGGGGACGUUUAUGAGUUCAUGGCUAAUAUUGCCGAAAGACUGGAGUCUCAAAAAUGCCCGUCGUUCUCGCGAGAUUGCAUUAACGCCGAUAUGCUUGAUACGUCGCCUGUCUUUGCUGUAGCGAACAACACCCUUCUUCGAAGGUCCCCGUUUAGCAUCAAUAUCUCCUAUAUAAGCAACGGUCGAAUAAAUCAGAAGGGCGUGUUUUCAACGACACGUGAUAAGGAAGUAACCCCAGACGUAUCGUACUGGAUAGCUAGCUCGGAGCCUUUCCCGCAAAGCGCAUGUACCACGUGGUGCCCGGGAUGUCACGCGUCCCUCUGCUUCAAAAGUGCGGACAAUUUGAUGUUCGACGGGGAGUACGUCUACAUCCCCGGGGACCUCGUCAUUGCGGCAAUGGUUCCUCUAUCAGCUGUGUGGAACAAAAUUGGUGCUGGUAACACGUGUAGCGGGCUAAGACCCCGCGACAACUAUGACGUCAUUUCCGAGGCGUUCUUGUUCGGUGUGCAGAGCUACAAAAGUAGGCAUCCGUCAAAUUUUAGGAACAUAUCCAUUGGAGCGAUUCUGUUUGACACUUGUUCUGACUUUUAUAGAGGGGCCCAGAUAUUGGCUAAUUUUGAGUCUUGUAAAUAUGCAUUUAAUCAUUCGCAGCAUUGGUCCCCGACGCCCUUAAAAGUCCCAGUGUAUCUAUCGUUUGACUUUGACGCACAUCAAUUGCCUAAUGGAGCUGGGGCAAUAGGGAAGUUAGCAUUGCAAAUGGACCCGUUAGGCAGAAUCUACGUGAAGGGCGGGCUAGUAUAUGAUCCCUCUAUGUACAGUUAUGACGCUGUCGCGGAAUUCUUAAAGGCGAUGAACUGGACCCACAUAGGGCUUCUGACGUCCCAGAAUAUGACCGGCUUUUCUAUAGAUUUCUUGUCCGACAGCACUAAAUCAAAUAAUGUAUGCAUUGCGUUUCACAGACAUUUGCCGCGUGCAUCGCACGAGAUUUCACCGGUUGUUGAUACCAUCACAACAUCCAGCGCGAGCACGGUGUUGAUCUUUGGAACGUCUGGGGAUAUUGACUAUUUCUUCCGAAGCCUGACUUCACGAUUAGUUGUAAAAACAUGGAUAAUUAUUGAGAGUAGAGAAAACUGGGUCGAUUUCACGCCGAUUCCGUUACCGUACGGCACAAUAUUGUUUCAGAGAUACGCAAAACAGAACGCAAUGUUCAACAAUCAUUUAAACAGGCUUAUUGCGGGGCAGUCCGUUAAAACUACUACAAAAAACAUGUGGAUAUCCAAGUAUGCGCAGGAAAGAUCUGUUAACAGGAUACCAUCGCCAAGCGUCAAUGACGUCACACGUAUGCAAGCGUCUGACGUAAUAAGAACGCUAGACGUCUCGUUAGCGGCUCUUCAAAGGGCGGUAAUCACCGUGUGUGGCAGUAACUCUUCUCUGUGUUCGAUAUUUCUCCCAGACGGUCCACAACGCACCAUGGAUGAACUGCAGAGUGUAAAGUUGAACUAUGAGGGAGAUUUUGUGGACAUGCACGAACCCUCAGAGAUGUCUGGUAAUUACUUGAUUUCAAGCGUACAGGAGUCUGGAAUGAUAAAGGUUGGACAUUGGGUAGAUCAGCAGUUGGAAGUGUUUUUCCAUGAGCUGAAGUCAUAUAACAGUAUCGGUGAACCUUUGAAAGAACUCCGUCCGUCCGUGUGUCCAGGUCGUGUGUGUUCCUGCACAAAUAUGAACAUGUCAUCGGACGGCAAGAAUCAAACGUUGAGCGCGAAUCUGGACAAAGAUAUGGGCUUUGUGAACACCACAGGCGAAUUUCAAAGAGGCCUUUGGCAGAUCAUUACGAUUGUCAUAGCAGGAUCCGGCGCCUUCCUGGCCUUGAUUCUGCUGUUAUAUUUGAUCUGCAAACUUUUCGGUGGAGGGCUGCUUAGGCGCCAUUUAGUUCUUGGCAUUCCGCUCUUGUUCGCGACUAUGUUGCUCCUCUUGUCCGUGCUCCCGUUCGUGUUUAGCCCUAGCGAGGCGGUAUGUGGGCUGAGAUACUUUGCACACGGGCUUUCGUACGCCCUUUGCUUCGGCAUCCUCUUGACGAAGAUGAUGAGUUUAAGGGACUAUAAGUUCGUCGGACUUGGUGGCGAUGUCUCGAAGGUCAACCAGCUCUUGCUGGCGUUCUUCAUCGCCGCUGUGCAGAUCGCCAUUGGUGUGCAGUGGUGGGUUCUAAGGUCGCCAGUUCUAAUCACAGUAAAUGUUACUGAGUUAGUCGACGGGCAAGUGCGCAAAAAUACUUAUUACGCAUGUGACUUUACGAGGCGUGAUUUCAUCUCAUACCAUUCCUAUGUGAUAUUUCUCAUCGUACUGUGCUGCCUUUAUUCCUUCAGUAUUAAAAGUUCUUUGAGGAACACGAAAGAAGUGAGCUCAAAGGUGCUCGUGGUGUGUGCGUGGUUUUGUCUCGCACUCUGGAUAGCCAUAAUCGUCACAUUCUUCGUUCUAACGAGAGACUUCUUGGAAGCGAUCUGCGCCAUCGGCCUCCUCGCGAACGCCAUGUCGAUCCUGCUGAUCAUCUUUCUGCCGACGGUGACGCUUAUCUCACGCCUCAAGUACGACGUGGCGAAAUCACCCGGAGACCGGAAUAGCAAUGGCUACAAGCUAGACACGGACUUCCAGUUCGAGCGGCCAUACUCGCUGCCCAGUACGCUGCACUCCGCUAUCACGGACAAGAGUCUUACCAUGCCCCGGAGCCUGGCUACUUUCGACACCAGUCUCAGCUACUGAGCAUAUUACUCCAUAUUGUGUUUAUUAAUAUUUAAUAAGGGCAAUUUAUUCAUAUUAUGAGUUAGCAUAGUCAAGAUACCAAAGUAUACUUUGAAGAAAUUAAUGAUAUUCAAACCGCCAUCGAGCCAGUGUGCUCGAAAUUUCUAUUUGAGCCGUGCCAUGCGAAAAUGGACCUUAUGCCACAUGGCGCCUGCUCAUCUUCGCACUAUAGUCAGGAACUUCUCUGUCCGCUAAUAAGCCCACGACAACUUUCGUGACCAUAGAGGACAGCGUAGAUCCUGAUCAGACUCCCCGAACGCGCAGGCACAUAGCGAAUGGUUAUGUGCUAGCAGAUUGAUGAAAUCUAUUAACGUUUCUGUUGCAAUGAUGUAAUGUAUGUUUUUUAUUUUAUUUUUAUGAGUAAUUGUGAAUAAAAAUGAUCAUCAUUCGGGUCAAGGUCACUGUAACUUAAAAUAGACAAACUUUUUCCCUAAUAACUUGAUUUUUGUUUGACGUUUUGCGCUGUUAUUUGUAUAAACACGAUGAAAACUUAAUUUCGUGGAAUGACCACGUUUCUUGUUUUGUUAUUUAUAAAUGCGCAUGUUUAUAAGUAUGCAUACAACUAUGUAAUUAUUAUAUAUAUCAUCUGUCUGAUGACUAUCCGAAGAUGUGCACAAUCAAAACUGUCUCGGGACAACUCUUGUUAUUUUUUGUAUUUGUCUUGCUUAAUGAAUAUUAUUCAGUCUCAAUAUGUUACAAAAAAUCUGAUAAAUGUAAUUUUGUACAUUGGCAUGUAUACACGUGUACGGUCAUUAAAACUACGCAAGUCUGCUAAAUGUUUGUAUCAGAAAAAUUAGUCUUAUAAUAUUUUGCUUAAGCGACUUAAAAUAAUAGUUGUUGCACCGAAUAUGCCAAAAUAUUAUUGACAAUUAUUGUAAUAUUGCAAUGUGUUUUGUUACAUUUAUAAUAUUAAUAAUUCAGAUUUGUUAUAUA